AUGGUUACUGUAGUGACAUAUAAAGACCUUCAGAGAGCAUUUGACAAGGUAUGGGUGGGUGGUCUUUUGGUAAAACUACAGAGGAAUGGUGUUGGAGGCACCAUGUACAGAUGGAUAAAGUCCUAUCUCUUCAACCGAAGGGCUAGAGCGAACCUUGAUGGAACCUCUAGUCAUAAGUUUCUGCAGAGAAAUGGAGUUUCCCAAGGAGGAAUACUCUCUCCUACUCUCUUUCUUCUCUUCAUCAAUGAUCUGGUGGCUGAACUUCCAAGAGGAGUCAAAACAGCUCUCUACGCGGAUGAUUUGGUGCUUCGGUGCUCAGAGGAAUAUGCAACAACUGCUAACUACAGGAUGCAAAAAGCCACAGACAGACUUUCAGCCUGGGCAGAAGAAUGGUGUGUUCAGGUCAACACUGAGAAGUCCUGCACAACCCUGUUUUCACUGUCACCAAAGCAGACAGAUGCUGGCUAUAUUAGGAUUUGUGACACACCACUUGCAGAAGUAGAGGAGGCAGCAUAUCUGGGAGUCAUGAUCCAAGACACAUAUCCGUCAGAGACAUGGACACAUGUGUACACAGACGGCUCAGCCUCAGCUGCAAUAAAAGACGGAGGAGAUGGCAUCUUCAUACUGUAUACCUCAGGAAGAUCAGAGACAAAUAGUAUCCCAACCGGAAGGCACUGUACCAACUAUAGAGCAAAGGUUGAGGCCAUCAAACAAGCUAUUAAACUCACUGAGGAGUCUCCAGAGAGCUGCCCCAACGUGGUUAUCUUCACGGAUGCUUUGUCAGUACUCCAAGCACUAGUAAAUUCCAAACAAUCAUCCAUAUCCAGGGCACUGUUCAGUCUAUGCAAAACAAGAGUUGUGUCCUUACAAUGGAUACCUGCACACUGUGGUGUACCUGGAAAUGAGAAUGCAGACAGAUUAGCCAAGCUUGGAGCUACAGAUAACCGGCCACAAAAUGCCAUUACUCAGGAGGAGAAGGUGACAAUGAUCAAAGCACUCACAAAGCCAAGGCCAACCAAGGAUGACUACCACUUACUAGAAAGAUAG